UCCUGGGAAGUUGUUCCUCUGUUAUAGCAGUUUUCUAACUGUUAACAUAGAGGAAAAUUAAGAGAAUAUACACCUGACAAACAGCUAACGGCAGUGGGAUCAAUACAUUUCCUGAUGAUACUAUUCAGAAGGAUGGGAUAUAUACGUUUGGAUAAUUGUACAGAUAAAUACUAUGAACACAGGAACAUUAAUUCUCCAAAUAUUUACCCAGUUGGUAAUUGAAUUCUUAGUCAAACAAAAAAGGGCAGUGUCUAAGCCUGGCGGAUUUCUGACUACAACAAGGUAAAUAACAGAGCUCAUGGCUGUCUGACUUCAGGAUCCAGGGAGUAAGUGUGUGCAACAACAUCCAACCCAGGAUCUCUUCUGUCAGGAUAGAUUCACCAAUAGUCUCUGUGGUCCCUCUGAGACUGCUCCACCAGGAGGUCUUUAACGAUGAGGGACCGCCUGGAUGAACUACGUCAGCUACGUCAGAAGGCCCAGGAUGUCCAGGAGUCGAGGAGCACAGCAGGUGACACCCCAGUGCCGGAGAAGGACUCCCACCCAGGUGACACGGUUGGGGUUAGGGCAACCACUCCGCAGCAGGCCGUGGUGUUCGAGGAGGAACCGGUGCUGGACAACUUCCUGUCUGAGGCUCAGCAUCUCCGCAGUGACAUCACUGAGCUGGAAACGGAGGUAAAGAAGUUUAGUCAGCAACAAAAGAGUCUUGUGGCGACCAUGCGUCGUUUCAGUGUGAUGAAGAAGGAGAGCACAGUGACCAAGGACAUCAAGCUGCAGGCGGAGAGCAUCCACAGACGACUGGAAGCUCUUUCUAAGAAAGUCCAGAGCUCAGAAGACCUACACGGACUCAACGCAGCUACCACACGUAUCCAACGCUCCCAACACUCAGCGCUCCAUAGACACUUCCAACAGGUGAUGCGUCUGUACAAUGAAUCCAUCCUUAGUAAACAGGAGCGUUGUAAACAUUUCAUCAUCCGCCAGCUGGAGGUGUCUGGACGCGACGUCACCGAGGAGGAAGUAGACGAAAUGGUUGCAACUGGGAAGUGGGAAGUGUUUAAUGAAAAUCUCCUUAACAAUGAGCGCAUCACACGGUCUCAGCUGUCCGAGAUUGAGCAGAGACAUAAAGAGCUACUGAAUCUGGAGAGCAACAUGAAGGAGCUGAGAGAACUGUUCAUGGAUAUCUUUAUGUUGGUUGAAGAGCAGGGAGGCUACAUAGACAAUAUCCAGGCAAACGUAGAGAAGACACAGGACUACAUCACCACCACUAAUGAGAAGUUUAAAAUGGCCACCAGGUACAAGAAAAAUAAUCCCCUGAGGAGGCUCUGCUCAUGUUGCUGCCCCUGGAGGUGUUAUACAUAGAGGAAGGACUAGCCGCUGGUACCUCUUUGGGUUUUGCUGAUGUGGACAGACUACAGGUGACAUUCACUGAAAAUGAUGCACUCUUAAGUGUGCGUGAGAGAAAAUUGACCAAUUUAGGAGGUCAUCCAAGAAGAACAGUAUUUGGUAACGGUGUACAAUUAAAGCAGAAAGCGAGUAGGUAUCUUCAGUCCCGAACACUGAAUGACUGACUACAGAUGGAAAUCUAAGAGAAACCCUUUUUACCCGUACAGCAACAUGUUGGCGACAGAUGUAUAUUACUUUUAUGAAUCUUUGCAAGCAUUUAUUUUGAAUGCACACAGACAGUUUUAUAAAUCUAGCAUUUAAAAUAAAAAUUCUAGAAAAUGCUAGUAGCAUAGUAAACAAAUAUCAGUUUCCCAUCAAUUAUUAUAAAAUGUUGCAUAUGUUUUUUUGCUGAUUUGUGGCCGUCCAUCAUCCAUUAUGUAUAGUGUUUCAGGAAUUACAAUUCUAUGAUAUUUCACAAAAUAACAUUAAUUUGGAAUUCUACCACAUUGUUGCUAAUAUUUGCUUAUUGGUUAAGUGGCUUAUGCUAACGUUAGCUAGAAGGCUAAUAGUAGUCGGGCUAGGGGUUACAUUUUGGUUUAGGAUAGGACUGAGGUUAGGGUUCGUGGUUGUUGUUCAGAUUCGGCCUAGGAGAAGGUUUGAAAAUUGCUAUUUGAAAAUUGCUAAUGAGCAAAUCUGUGAUGAGAUAUUGACAGGCAAGCUAAACAUUUGUCGUAUGCGACCUACUGUCGUUUUAAGGAAGCUUCAGUGAUAUGAAAUAUUAUCCAUACAUAUCUUAUUCAAAUUGCAGUUUACCAGAUAUACUGUAAAUUUUUAUUGUUAUGUAUAUCCUCUGAUCCCAGACUGACAUA